AUGCUUGGCAUUACCAGUGUGGCCGCAACACUACGUUCUAUCCUGCCUCCCAACGGCAACAUUAGCAAUGAGCUUUCUACGGCGCUAAUGUCGUUAGGGUCGUCUAUCGACCAUCUCCGCAAUAAACAGGAAGCCAUGGCAAAGGACCUGGAGUUGGUUAGAAAACUCGCUCGUUCUAAUUGGCUACUAAUCAUAAAUCUUCCGUUGCCAUUCGGCGUGAGCAAGAUACAGGCGGUACAAAAUCUAUUCACGACUCUUGGGUAUGCAAAACCUUAUUCGAUGCGGAUAGAGAUUUGCUAG